AUGACAGCACCCCAAGGCUAUGAAAUUCCCCCUGGAAAGGUGUGUAAAUUGGAAAAAUCACUGUAUGGCCUGAAACAGGCCUCUAGGAAAUGGAAUGAGGAAUUCACUAACAAAAUGAAACUCUUUGGGUUUGAGCAAUGUAGCCAUGACCAUUGCUUGUUUAUAAAGGGUACUGGUGUGAACUUGAUUGCAUUACUUGUUUAUGUAGAUGAUAUAUUAAUCACCUCAGCCUCUGAAAAUUCAAUAAUGAUUGUUAAAAACUACUUGGAUAAGCUUUUUACUGUCAAACAUUUAGGAAAUGCUAAAUAUUUCCUAGGAUUAGAGUUAGCUCAUUCCAAACAAGGGCUAGUGGUUACACAACACAAGUAUGCACAGGAUAUUAUCAAAGAUGUGGGAUUAAAGAAUGGUAAGAACAGCACCACACCUUUGCCCCCAGGACUGAAACUCUCUGCAGAUGCAGGAGCUGCCUUAACUGAUCCCUCCAGGUACAGAAGAUUGGUUGGACGGCUCCUAUAUCUGGGAUUCACCAGACCGGACCUCUGCUAUGUAGUCCAGCAACUAAGUCAGCAUCUUCAACAACCCUGUGAAAAACACUGGGAAACUGCCAUUCAUGUUGUGAGAUACCCAAAGGGAAGUGUCUCUACUGGUUUAUUCCUACCAUCUAAUACUGAUUUUUCUCUUCGAGUUUAUUGUGAUGCAGACUGGGCUGCAUGCCAGACAACAAGAAAGUCACUUACUGGAUUUUGCAUUUUUAUGGGACAAACACCUCUUUCUUGGAAAACCAAGAAGCAAACGACUGUGGCAAGAUCAUCAGCCGAAGCUGAAUACCGUAGCAUGGCCACAACUACUUGCGAGGUGACAUGGUUGAUUUAUUUACUUAAAGUUCUGGAUAUACAAGUGAAACAACCUGUGCCAUUUUUCUGUGAUAAUAAGGCCGCAUUGCACAUUACUGCAAAUCCUGUAUUCCACGAACGGACGAAGCAUCUCGAAAUAGAUUGA